GUGCUGGACACCGAGGACGAGCUGCGGGAGAUGGGCUCGGACGCGGCCGUGCCCUCCGAGGUGCGGGACUGGCUCGCGGCCACCUUCACGCAGCAGGCGCGAGCCAAGGGGCGCCGGGCCGAGGAAAAACCCAAAUUCCGCAGCAUCGUGCACGCCGUGCAGGCCGGGAUCUUCGUGGAGAGGAUGUUCCGCCGGAUGUACACGGCCGUGGGGCCGAGCUACUCCUCCUCCGUCCUCAACUGCCUGAAGGGACUGGACCAGUGGAGCUUUGACGUUUUCUCGCUGCACCGCGCGGCCGAGGAGCACUCGCUGCGCACGGUGGUGCUGGAGCUCUUCACCCGCCACAGCCUCAACAGCCGCUUCAAGAUCCCCGGCGCGUUCCUGACGUCGCUGCUGGAGGCUCUGGAAUGCGGCUACGGAAAGUUCCGGAACCCGUACCACAACCAGGUGCACGCGGCCGACGUCACCCAGACCGUGCACAGCUUCCUGCUGCGCACCGGCAUGCUGCACUGUCUCUCUGAGAUCGAGCUCCUCGCCAUCGUCUUCGCCGCCGCCAUUCACGACUUCGAGCACACGGGGACAACCAACAGCUUCCACAUCCAGACCAAGUCGGACACCGCCAUCCUGUACAACGACCGCUCGGUGCUGGAGAAUCACCACAUCAGCGCCGUGUUCCGCCUGAUGCAGGACGAGGAGCUCAACAUCUUCGUCAACCUCACCAAGGACGAGUUCGUGGAGCUGCGGGCGCUGGUCAUCGACAUGGUCCUGGCCACCGACAUGUCCUGCCACUUCCAGCAGGUCAAAUCCAUGAAGACGGCGCUGCAGCAGCUGGAGAGGCUGGACAAGUCCAAGGUGCUGUCGCUGCUGCUGCACGCGGCCGACAUCAGCCACCCCACGAAGCAGUGGGCGGUGCACAGCCGCUGGACCAAGGCGCUCAUGGAGGAGUUCUUCCGGCAGGGGGACAAGGAGGCCGAGCUGGGGUUGCCCUUCUCGCCCCUCUGCGACCGCACCUCCACGCUGGUGGCCCAGUCGCAGAUCGGGUUCAUCGACUUCAUCGUGGAGCCGACGUUCUCGGUGCUCACCGACGUGGCCGAGAAGUUGGUGACGCCCCUGGCCGAGGACGGCUCCAAGACCAAGGGCAACCCCGUGGCCACCCAGCAGCCCAGCUCGCAGUGGCGGCAGCCGUCCCUGGAUGAGCACCUGGAGCUGGGGGACAUCAAAGCCGACCUGGCCGGGUUCCGCUCCACCUGGACCAAGCACAUCCAGGAGAACAAGCAGAAGUGGAAGGAGAGGGCGGCCAGCGGCAUCACCAACCAGGCGUCCAUCGAUGAAUUGUCACCGUGCGAGGAGCCCGCGGGCCCCGGUCCUCACAGGGAGAACGGGGACGUGGAAUAG